AUGGAGAUGUAUGCAGGACACGAACAUGAAUGGGACAAGAUUGAUGCAGAGCCGGAUCUUGGUGCCAGCAGCAAUGUGGUUGUUAGAUUAUGCAGGAAUGUACCACAGAAUGUAAAUGAGAAAAUUUACUUUGAUAAUUAUUACACAUCAAUACCGCAAAUGCAUUAUUUGAAGGGAAGAGGUAUUUUAUCUCUAGGAGCUGUUAGAAGAAGUAGAGUUCACAAUAAGAAACUCUCAGACGACAAGUCCCUGAGUAAAGAGGAAAGGGGUAAACUACUGGAGUUUAUUGGAAAUUAUGAAGGAACAGAGAUCUCAAAUGUACUCUGGAAGUACAACAAGACAGUCAUGUUGUUAUCCAUGUUUGUAGGAAGUGACCCUGUAAGCAAUGUAAAGACAAAUGAUAGAAGUAGGAAGGAACAUAUUUUUGUAUCUUGUCCAAAAAUUGUGCAAACUUAUAACAAGCAUAUGGGGGGAGUGGAUCUUCUAGACAGUCUCAUUGGCAGAUACAGAAUCAUAAUGCGGAGUAAGAAGUGGUACUUUCGAAUAUUUUACCAUCUUGUUGAUGUAGCCACAAUCAACAGCUGGAUUUUGUACCACAGAGUUAACAGAAUCCGCAACCCAGUGUCUCAAGCUGAGGAGCUCCAGUUAGCAAAUUUUAGGAUUGAACUGGCUGAAACUUUGCUAAAAAUUGGCUUAAGUUCUACAACGAAGAGAGGAAGGCCAAGUUUUAUAGAGAAACCACCAGCAAAGAAAAAGAAGACAGCUUCACACCACCCAACUAAAAAUGUCAGAUUCAAUCAGUUACUUGCAUUCAGCAUGUAUGUUGCAAAGAAUAACACAACUUCCAGAGUUGCACUAUACUACGAUAGCAGCUUGACGAGUGGUGCAGACACUGGUGAUAAUGGUAACUCAAAAUCUGGAAACAGUUCUGCGCGCUGA